UUGGAUGUGCAAAUUGCAACGCUUCCGACAACUGCGGUGAGGUGAGAGUGUCCAGUCCAGUAAACAACGACUCAGUCUUCGAUCAGCGUGCGUCUGGGUUCAGUGCGCGCAAUGAACGCGUUUCCGACGAGUCUCUACGAAAUGAGUAACGCAACAUUCGAGAUGGACAGCAAUCUCGGAUCGUACGACUACACUCCACCGCUCGACCUCUCUCCGCCACUCCAGAAACCUCGAGUAACUCGCGCGCUCUCACAACCUAACGGCCUCACUCCUGCAGGCAGCCCGUUCGCUCAUCCAUCGCCCGUCGAGCUGCGACGCUUACGUUUCUACUCGGAUGCCGCCGACGACGCGUUGGGAUCGAGAGCGCGGAGGUCGACGAUCAUCUCGACGCGUUACAAGACCGAGCUGUGCAGGCCGUAUGCAGAGUCGGGGACGUGCAAGUAUGGCGACAAAUGUCAGUUCGCUCACGGACCGGACGAGCUUCGUCCGUUGGUGCGACAUCCGAAGUACAAGACCGAGUUAUGCAGGACGUUUCAUGCGAUCGGAUUCUGUCCGUACGGACCGAGAUGUCAUUUCGUUCACAGUCCCGACGAGAAGCAUCGACCUCGGACGCCUCCCUCCGCCCCUUCCACACCCAACAAGCAGCGUCACUCGUUCAUGUUCCUCGAAGACGAGCCGUGUGCGUCAGACUCGAUGUCGACCUACCUGCCCGCGCCGCCCAAACCGAUGCGACGCUCCGUCACACAGAUGCAGUUCAACCCGCGAUUUUCGGUCAACGAAAUCGAGCAGAACAUGACGCGGUAUAACUACGACUGUCGCUCGUUGGACGGAUAUCGACAGGAGAUGGCUCUUACUGAAGCUCUGGGCCGGCUCUCGUUGGCUGAUAUGGCUGCGUAUAGCGAUUUUGUCCUUGCCAAUUCUGAUAGUGCGCCAUCGUCGCCGUCGUCGGAGCCGUGGGUGUCGGAGCUGCCCAAUAACUACACGUCGUGCCGUCGGAGUUCGAUCGGAGGAGACGACGGCAGCGGCAGUCCUCGUCGUCUGCCCGUUUUCAGCAGUCUGGCGUAAGUUGCUACAUUGUUGCAACACGAACUACUACACUGUAGCAAGUCGGUCUACAUUUGUUGCAAGUGUCUCUCUCUCUCUCUCUCUCUUUCUCUCGGUACAUUGUUGCAGCUCCUUUACAUUACACUUGACACAUUCUAAUCCAUUAUAUUAACUUAAGUCGUAAUUCUUUUACAAGUUGAACUAAUUCUUAUAUUUAUUUAUCCCUCAUCUCUCCCCCUCGUAGGGAGACACUAGUAGUUAUUUGGUUAUUCUCCACAUGUACUCGAUAUUUGCCGGCAGAACUCCUAACAAUUACGCAUGAACAAUGAAUGGACAGAAGGGCUGUAGUAAUUUCAGCUAUCAGGCUUUGUUUUCUAGAUGCUUGUGGCUGCUUCUAGUUUGAAGUUGCUCAUAUAUUAGGUUAUUUGACAUAUUCAUGGCGAACUCAUUCAGUGAACGAUAUGCAGACUAGACAUGCUGUAGAUUAUACUGUAGAAUGGACGGAUUCUAUUUUUUUGGAUAAUAUUAGCUAAACGAAA